CUUCAGAGAGAUUCCAGCCAUCGGUGGGGGGGGUGAUUAUCACUUUAGAAAUAUUCAUAAUUAUUACAGUCGCAGUUCCCCCUCCAAACACGGAAUGAAGCCAGUCUUUCACUGUGAGUGAGGCCCAUCUCCCCUCCCUCUAAUGUAAGUUGAUAACGCGCCCUCCGAGCCAGCGAGCGUCUUUAUAUACAAGGCCUCGGUCCCGGCCCCCUCACUGAGCCGGCAGCUGACCCUUCUGGACCAUCCCUCUGUUAUUCCCUUGGGAUCAAUGCUCGGGUUUCCACUUCUCCUUGAUUUGCAGACAUCAGGGAGACCUUCCCCGACCUCCACUCCAGAGAACUCUCCUUUCCACCUGGACAGCUCAAGAGAAAGGAAUGGUCAGAAUUCUGGAAGCAUCUGGAGCAAGAAACAAUUCAGGGUCUUCCUUGCUGCUCCGCCCUGGUGCUGAAGAAUGGAUGGACUGGCGGUGGAUGCCUCAAAUCUGUUCUUCAACACCUCCCUGGAAACCUCAGAACAGUGUGGCAAAGAAACCGCUCUGGAAAACGUUCUCUUUGCCUCUUUUUAUCUGCUGGACUUCAUCCUCGCCUUCGCGGGCAACACCCUUGCCCUCUGGCUCUUCAUCCGGGACCAAAAGUCGGGCACCCCCGCCAACAUCUUCCUGAUGCACCUCGCUGUGGCCGACCUGUCUUUCGUGCUGGUACUUCCCACCCGACUGGUGUAUCACUUUUCGGGAAACCACUGGCCGUUCGGGGAAAUCCCGUGCCGCCUCACCGGCUUCCUCUUCUACCUCAACAUGUACGCCAGCAUCUACUUCCUCACUUGCAUCAGCGCGGACCGCUUCCUGGCCAUCGUGCAUCCCGUGAAGUCCAUCAAACUCCGCCGGCCCCUCUACGCCCACCUGGCCUGCGCCUUUCUCUGGGUGAUCGUGGCCGUGGCGAUGGCCCCGCUGCUGGUCAGCGUGCAGACGGCGGAGACGAACACCACCACCGUCUGCUUGCAGCUCUACCGGGAAAAGGCCUCCCGCCACGCUCUGGUGUCCUUGGCGGUGGCGUUCACCUUCCCGUUCGUCACCACGGUGACCUGCUACUUGCUGAUCAUCCGGAGCCUGCGGAGCGGCAGCCGGGUGGAGCAGCAUCUCAAGGACAAAGCUAUCAAGAUGAUCGUGAUGGUGCUGAUGAUCUUCCUCAUCUGCUUCGUGCCCUACCACGUCAACCGUUACAUUUACGUCCUCCAUUACGACGGCACCCAGACGUCCUGUGAGACGCAGCGGGUCCUGGCUCUCAGUAACCGCAUCACCUCCUGCCUCACGAGCCUCAACGGUGCCCUUGACCCGGUCAUGUAUUUUUUUGUGGCCGAGAAGUUCCGGGAGGCCUUGUGCAAUCUGCUUUGCGGCAGGAAGGCGGUGAGGCUCCCUCCGAGUUUCGAAGGGAAGACCAACGAGAGUUCGCUGAGCGCUAAAUCGGAACUGUGAAAGCCAGGUACAGACCCCAGGUCUUGCCUAGAGUCACAGUCUCCUCUAGAUGGGAGACCCAUUUUCUCGGGAAGCGACUUCUCUGAGCCACGUGCACGUUUCUGCUGGGCCAAGGAGGAGGAGUUUAACCUCCUCCAGUAACCACAACCGGCAAAAAGACUGAACUCUCAGCGGAUCACCGAGCACUAAUUCUGAUGCCUUAGCAGUGGCAUUUCCGACCUCAAGCCUGACAACUGAACUUUUGAAAAGGAGAGGCGGGCAGAUGUAAUCAAGCUACGACUUCUCCUUUAAGGAAGAAUUUUUUUUAAAAUCCCCCUUUUAACUAAUUCUGUCGAACUGUAGUCUCCCAAGCGCUUAGUACAGUGCUCUGCACAUAAUACAUGCACAAUACCACUGAUUGAUUUAACUCUGUUACUGGGUAGCCUAGUGAUCGCAGAACAAGGUAAAGUGAAAGUUCUUGUGAAAAUUACAGAGCACUGAAAAUCUUUCUUUACUAAAUGCUUACAGCUAAGCUCCCCGUCCCCCAUUACAUUAAAGCAGAAAAAAGGCAAUUAACAACUUUUGUAGAGUUAAACCAGAAAGAGACUGGAAAAUUGCUUGAGAAUUUGUCUUUGCAUUUUUGAUUUUUGUUUUAUCAUUAAUACCUCUCGCUACAGCGUGUCGCUAACUUACACUGGCUAACGGAGGGACGAGGCCUACAUUUGAUGGCUGAAUGCUGUGACCAGAUAUUAAAACAGACAACUUGGACUUCCCAAGCGCUUAGCACAGCGCUCUGCACACAGUACGCGCUCAAUAAAUCCGAUCGAAUGAACAAGGGUGGAAGGUCCUGAAGAGCACCUCAUAAAUGCAGUCCAAACUAACAGGAGGUCUCAAAACAUUUUCAGAGAUUUUUGAAUUGUGAAGGGUAAUUUUUUUUUCUAACCCACCUCUUUCUAAUCUGGCUUGACAAUCACCCAGAUUCUCAAAUUGCUUUUCCGAAGACAGGCCAUGUUUCUUCGGUAAAGGAAAAAAGGUGACUAGUAGUCAAUUUAGAAGGCUGGGAAGGGAAAUAAACUAUUCGAUUGAUUGAUUUGCAUUAAUUAUGGAAGCCUACAGUAGAAUUACGUAAAUAUGCACUUUUUGCUCUAGGGAUACAAUUAUUGUGGAAUCAGGUGCUCUGCACACAGUAAGCGCUCAAUAAAUACAAUUGAGUGAAUGAACAUUAAUACAAACAAUCCUCCACCCUGUAACUCCUUCUUCCAGUACCCAACAGUCCCCUUUACAUUAUAAGCCUCAAGUCUGUCUAGAAACACUCUUUGUCAGGGUGCAAACUGUUUUACGAUUUAUCUUUUUUACAGUUAUCUUGUUCUAUGUAACUGCUUCUAUGUAUCAUAAAAGUGAAUAGUUUAAAAAGA